AUGGCUGCACCAGAAGUUCACCACCUAUUCCACCACCCGAUCGCGGAUCACUCUUUCUCCGCAGACAAGCAAACGUUGGCCGUUGCGCGUGACACCAACGUUGAACUCUACGGACGGACUGGGGCUGGAUUCAAGCUCAAGGAUGAACUCAAGGGCCAUGACAAGACCGUCACCAGUGUUGAUAUUGCAUUGAAGAGCGGGAGGAUUGUGACCUGUUCGCAAGAUCGAAAUGCCUUGGUCUGGGAGCCUUCUCCUACUGGCUACAAACCUACACUCGUCCUCCUCCGAAUCAACCGUGCAGCUACAUUUGUGCGAUGGUCUCCAUCCGAAGAGAAGUUCGCCGUAGGAUCCGGUGCCAGGGUCAUUGCGGUAUGCUACUUUGAGGAAGAGAACGACUGGUGGGUAUCAAAACAUAUCAAAAAGCCUAUCCGAAGCACCAUUACCACUGUAGCUUGGCAUCCAAACUCAGUCCUUUUGGCUGCUGGUUCCACUGAUGCACAUGCGAGGGUCUUUUCCAGCUUCAUCAAAGGUGUCGAUACUAGACCGGAACCGGGUGUAUGGGGAGAGCGUUUGCCCUUCAACACUGUCUGUGGAGAAUAUCUCAAUAACUCGGCAGGCUGGGUUCAUGCAGUCUCAUUUUCCCCCAGUGGAGAUGCUCUCGCAUUUGCUGCUCAUGAUAGCAGUAUCACCGUUGUCUAUCCCAAUGGGGCAGAUCAACCUCCAAGAGCCGUUGUUAGUGUCAGUACCCAACUGCUACCAUUCAUGAGUCUCAUCUGGAAUGGUGAGAGUGAGAUUAUUGCAGCGGGUUAUGACUGUGAAGCAUACCGCUUCAAAGGCAGCGAAGGCGGAUGGCAGCUCACUGGCUCUUUAGAGUCGAAAGGACGUCCAGGACUUGGAGAUGCACGGGAAGAAUCAGCCUUCAACAUGUUCAAGCAAAUGGAUUUAAAAGGCAAGACUAAAGAUGACACCCAGUUGAAAACGGUUCAUCAAAAUACUAUCAGUACGAUCCGAGUCUAUGAGGCUUCGGGUGGUGCUGUUAAGAAGUUCAGCACGAGUGGUGUGGAUGGAAGGAUUGUCAUCUGGAACGCCUAG